GGCUCGGCUUGGGACCGCCUUGACGCCAGAAAGAGGGGCGAGAGACGGACAGAAAAACGCCGCUCCCGGUCUCAUUAGUAGUCAAGGGACUCCGAGGCAGAGGGACAAACUCUGGAGCCGCCCUGAGUUGCUGGAAUGAGGAUGAUGGUGUGUGGAGUACACAACAGCUGUGCUGACAGGGUAUGGGGAUGCUUACUCAAAUGCAAGAUUUCUUUCUCUCUCCUUUUGCUUCAUUUGUUUCUGGCAGCUUCAGGCAAAGCUCAGGAUGGGUUUUUUGGACAAUACAGAGCUGUUUUUAAUACUUCAUGUGAUGAAGUCUGGACUUUGUCAGCUACAACUAUUGUGCCUACCCUUGAAAACUUCACAGUUUGCAUUUAUCUUAAACUAUACAAUACAAAAAAUCCUUGGACAGCAUUUGUCUACAAGACAGAAGAACCUGGUGGCAAUCUGUCAGCAGACCACUAUGAACUAGGACUUACAGGAGAGCAUGACAAAUUGACAGUCUGGAUAUUUGGCAAAGAAAUCACUGUGCCAGAAAAACUGGAUAACAAUACCUGGUAUCAAGCAUGCAUAGAAUGGAGAGGCAAAGAUCACGAAAUGAGUUUGUACAUAAAUAACGAAGAGAAAAAAACUGAAAAUAUAUCUAAAACUGGAAAGCUUAUUGCGAAAGGGCAGCUUUUACUUGGCUGUUCCCAGAAGCCAGGCACAUCCUCAUCUUCUCCAGUAGGAAUGGUCGGUGAACUGUACAUGUUCAGAAUGUGGGCUAGAGCAGAGAUGAAUAACACUCAAGAUUGCCAUGAUGGUAGCAUUAUACGCUGGAGAAAGAAUUACUGGGUCUAUAAUAAGACCGCACAAUACAGCAGCUCUUUGCCUUGUGCCAACCUUGCAAGAUGGGGGAAAGCUUCAGGAACUACACUUGCAGAUUCCUCCAUUGUCACUUUUGUCACCUAUCCUAACAGUGCGACAGAUUCAUCUUCCAUUGAAUCUUUCAGUUCUGCAGAAACGGCUAAUGUGACUGAACUUAAUUUCUCACCAACAGCUGGAAUGAAAGUUCAAUACAAUCAUGUGUGUAACUUAUCAGCCCUCUGUAAAGACACAGUCUUCUACACGGGCACUAUGAAAUUUCAGACCAGCAAAAACAGCUCAAAAGAUUCAUAUAAUCUCAAAUUACAUUUUCCUGGAGAUAACACCAGUCAGUACCAAUUAACAGUUCCUCCGAUCAUACUGGAGACUGAGGAAUUUGACAUUUCAGAUUUCAACAAAACACUUCAGAAUUUAAGUGAGUCAUCCAUUAUGCAGUGUCGUGCAGAAAAUGAAAGUGCAACAGAUUGCAGUUUCAUAAUAAAGCUGGAGAAAAAAAUGAAUAUAAGACAGAUAUUGGCAAAUUUACAAGCAAAAGCAGAACUUAGCCCAAUUGAGCUGUGCUGCUGUUCAACUUUGCAUCCUAACUCUUGUCCCUCUACUGCUAAAGAGCUGCAAUUGCUGCAGUGUGGUGUGCAUGAACCAGUUGCCUGUGCUGGCCCUAGUACAUCUGGCCUACCGGUUUCACCUGUUGCUCCUUCCAUGAUGACUUCUACUGUUAUAACUCAACAUGGCAGUCCUUCCCCUGAAUCUACCACGGUUUCUCCUCCUCCUCCUCAGACUGAGCCUAAAACAACAGAUUAUCCUUCCAUACUGGGUGGUCAAAUUACAACUCAAUUUUUUCCUUCCACUGAACAAAACACAGUCAUACUUCCUGUUGCACCUCCUACAGGAUCUAACAAUGCCAUUGUUUCUUCUGCUACAACUAACAGAGUCCUUACUACGGUGUCAUCUACCAAACCUACUACUGCUUCUUCUGUAGUGAUGGAUUCCUCUGAAUCCAUCACUGCAGUAUCUCGCCCUACAUCAUUUGCCAAAUCUACAGCAGCAGUGUCCUCUGCUAUGCCUUCCCCUGCAUCCAACAUGAACACUUCUUCUGAUAUGCAUUCCACCACUGAUGACAUUGGAAGUUCAGAACUUCCACCCAUCACCAAUACUUUUAAUGCCUCAGAUGUUGAGAAAAUAGUUUCUAAAUUGGAGGAGGAAUUGUCUGCAGAAAAUAUAGCACCAGCUCUGGCAAGAGAGAUGGUGAACAGAGUUAGUCAACUCCUAAAUAUUCCUGAGCCACAGAUUUCUCCUAUGUCUAAAAGAAUAAUAAAAAUAGUGGAUGCAAUUGGCUUAAAAGUGAACUUCUCAACAGAAUCCAUUAAUAUGACUUCUCCUUCCUUGGCUCUGGCAGUCUUGAAAGUGAACAGCAGCUUCUUCAGCAAAGUUUCAUUUGCUGUUGAAGCUUCCUCAGACCUUCAGGUUACUCUGGGAAAUCAAGCACCUACAAAGAAUGUUGGAGCCAUUACACUUCCGUCCUCAGUAAUGGGAAAUUUGUCAUCUAAAGCUAUGCAAGAAGCUUCUAGAAUUACAUUUAACUUUUUUGAAAAGACAACUUUGUUUCAGGACCCCUCACUGAAAAAUUUGUCUCUGAUCAGCCAUGUUAUAUCAUCAAGUGUUGCUAACCUCACAAUUAACAACUUGAAGACUAAUGUUACUGUCACACUACAAAAUGCCAUGCCUACUCAGGUUCAAACGGAACUGGAACAGGAGCAUUUGACUGUGAGAUGUGCCUUCUGGGACUUCACUAAAAAUGGUGGCAAAGGAGGCUGGUCCUAUGAAGGCUGUGUGGUUACAGAGAGAAGGACAAAUGAAACAAUCUGUAGCUGCAACCACCUCACAAGCUUUGGAGUAUUACUGGACUUAUCAAGAAAUCCCUCUAUAACUCCCGUGCAAGUACUGAUUCUGACUUUCAUCACCUACAUAGGCUGUGGCCUGUCAGCAAUUUUUCUUUCCAUUACCCUUGUUACAUACAUUGCAUUUGAGAAAAUACGGAGAGAUUAUCCUUCUAAAAUCCUUAUUCAGCUAUGUGUUGCAUUACUUCUACUGAACCUAGUUUUCCUCCUGAAUUCCUGGAUUGCUCUAUCUAAUAUACGAGGCGUGUGCAUCUCAGUUGCUUUAUUUCUACAUUAUUUCCUUUUGGCUUCUUUCACUUGGAUGGGCCUUGAAGCCUUUCAUAUGUAUCUUGCCCUUGUCAAAGUGUUUAAUACGUAUGUUAGGAAAUACAUCUUAAAAUUCUGCAUUAUUGGCUGGGGAGUACCAGCAAUAAUAGUAGCCAUUGUAUUGGCAAUAUCUCCAGAUAACUACGGACUUGGAUCAUAUGGAAAGUUUCCCAAUGGUUCAUCUGAUGAAUUCUGCUGGAUUAACAAUAAUGUUGUCUUUUACAUUACCGUUGUGGGAUACUUUUGCAUAAUAUUCUUGUUGAAUAUCAGCAUGUUCAUAGUAGUGCUGAUUCAGCUUUGCAGAAUAAAAAAGAAGAAACAACUUGGUACUCAGCGGAAAACCAGUAUUCAAGAUCUCAGGAGUAUUGCUGGCAUCACAUUCUUAUUGGGAAUUACUUGGGGAUUUGCCUUUUUCGCAUGGGGUCCUGUAAAUCUUGUCUUUAUGUAUCUCUUUGCCAUUUUUAACACCUUGCAAGGGUUUUUUAUUUUUAUCUUCUACUGUGUAGCAAAGGAAAAUGUUCGUAAACAGUGGAGAAGGUACCUGUGUUGUGGAAAAUACAGGCUGGCAGAAAAUUCUGACUGGAGUAGAACUGCUACUAAUGGCUUAAAGAAGCAGAAUGUUAACCAAGGUGUAUCCAGUUCUUCCCAUUCCUUGCAAUCAAACAGUAACUCCACUAAUUCCACUUCAGUGCUAAUGAAUAAUGAUUAUUCAGUGCAUGCAAAUGGGAAUGGAAAUGUAUCUAGUGAGAAGAAUGGUGUUGCUUUUAAUGUACAGAAUGGUGAUGUGAGACUUCAUGACUUCUCAGGAAAACAGAUCGUAUUUCAUGAGAACAAUGACACAGGUCAUAAAAAGCCUCGCAUUUCAUUGAGAAGGACUUCAAAGAGAGGGAACCUACACUUCAUUGAACCAAUGUGACGUUCUUAAGCAGUCUCCAUUGUUUUACAGUGUGAAAUACAGAUUUAACUGUUUUACAUAAUGUGAGAAGACCAAAAAAAGAACAUUAUUUAAUAUACGUUAACAAAGCUUCAAGGCAGCCUUGGAUUGUCAAAGAAUGUUACCUUGGAUUGUCAAAGUGUUUGUUUUUUCUUCUUCCUUUAAUGUUAGUGAUACCAAUUGACAAGGGACUUUAGUUGUAGUAUCAUGGUUGGAAAAUACAUCCAGCUUAAUUCACUUAUUAAAAUAAUGUAUUUUUGAAGAUUCUGUUACAAGUUAAAACUGCUGUUAGAAAUAAGUGAAACCAUGAUGCAGCAAUCUUGUUUAAAUAUAGAUAAUUACAAGCUAAACUUUGGAAAAAAUGCUUAAAUUAUCUUUAAAAGUAUGUGACCUCUACACCUUUUUAAUAGGUUGUAUUCACAGACAUAGUAUUGUAUAUAAGCAAAACAACAUCUACCUUUUGGUUUUCCUAUAACCUAUCCCUAUUUUAUCCUAUUUUAUCCUAUAGGAUAAAAUUAUCCUAUAAUUUUAUAUUUAUUUCUUGUAAAUUAAAUUUAAUAUUCCUUUGUAUAGAAAUAGUUGUAUGUGUUUUUGAAACAUUAUUGUAAUUAUGAAUUUGUACAUAUUAUUUCAGUUAACUCCAAAUACUUUAUACAUAAAAACUUGUUCUGUAUGUGAAAUAACUUAAAAUAGUCAUAUUACAAAAAUCAUAGGACAAUGAUAAAUUUUAAAUAUGAAUUCCUUGA